AUUUUUUUUUGAUUGAAAUUAAUUAAGUUAUCUAUCUUAAUAACCUCUUAGCGUAUCUAAAAAUAAGUUGAAACCAAUGGCUGAAAGAAAUAAAUAAGAACCAUUAUAAUUUAAAAUAUUUAUUGUAGGUGAUGCUCAAGUUGGAAAGACUUAUGUUGUAAAUAAAAUAAUAUAAAAAUCUAGAAAUUCUACUAAGUAUAAGCCUACUUAUGGAUUCAACUACCAUAUUUGGGAGCAUGAGAUCCAUGAGAAUAGACAUGUAGUAUUUUAACUUUGGGACACAGCUGGCUAAGAAAAAUACAGAGGCAUUACAAAAGAGCACUACAAAAGUGGAGUUGGUGCUAUAAUAGUUUAUGAUAUAACUAAAGAAGAUUCAUUUUGUAAUGUAAAAAAUUGGAUAGAGGAGAUUAAGAGCAAUUGCAUAGAGCAAGAAGAAGAAGAUCCAUAUAUAAUUGUAAUUGGGAACAAAAAAGAUCUAAAAAGUUAAAGAAAAGUUGGGUAUGAAGAGGCUUACUAAAUUGUUAAGAAAGAAGAUAAAGAUAUAGAUAUUUUUGAAAUAUCAACAGUUUCAGCAGAUCCUGUUGAUACUUCAUAUUUUGAAAAAGUAAUCAACCAUUUUUUUAAAAAAAUAUAUGAAAGACUCAAAAAAAGAGGAAUUCUAUCUGAUAAUGAUCCUAAUAUUAGAUUGGCUGAUACACAAGUAUAAACAAGUAAAUCGUGUUGUUGUUGUUGAAAAAGAAAAUGUAUAAAAAUAAAUAAAUAAAUAUUACCAGUAAUAUUAAACAUAAAAAUACUCAAUUAAAUUAGAGUUUAAUUUUAAUAAUGGCUUAAUAGUUGGUUCUAAAUUAAAUCUAGUGCCCUAUUUACUCAUUUAUUUAACAUUUUAUUAUAAAAAAGUUUAAAUUUUAUUAAUUUUUACUUAUAUUUACGUAUUGAAAUUUUAUAAAAAAUACAUAUUUUAAUUAUGCAAUACAUGUUUGAUAAUUAAGGGAUUUAAUUGUUUAUUUGUUAAAAUUCAUUUCA